AAAGUUUAACGGAGUGUGAUAAUUUUAUUAGAAGAAAAUAGAAGAGGGCCCAGCAGUACUUAAUUUUUCUUAGUUUCGGCGCCAAGCCAAGCAGUGCGCCUCUCGGUCGGAGUUGUUAGCACUCACUCUUCACUGCGCCUUUUAUACAUACAUUAUACAUUAUACACACACGCCCUCUCUCUCUCGAUCUAUCUGGAUCCAGAUGGAAUUAAGAACCUGCGUCGUACUCGGCGGCCGAACUGUUAUCGGAAAAGCACUCGUCUCACGUCUCUUAUCGCUCGAUCACUGGGUUGUCCGAGUUGCCGAUUCCGCUCAGCAACUCGAUCUGGACGAUGGCGACUCGCUCCUCUCCAAAUCCAUCUCUAAUGGCCGCGCUUCCUAUUUCUCUGUUGAUCUACGCAAUACAGACCGAUUGAUCCAAGCUAUCAAUGGCUCGUCCGUUGUAUUUCACGUGGAUGAUGUGGACUUAUACAGUGAUAACUUCUUUCUCUCUUACACACUCAUUGUUCAAGGAGCAAAAAAUGUUGUAAAUGCUUGUCGGGAGUGUAAAGUCAAAAAACUUGUCUACCAAAGUACUGCAGAUGUUGUUUCUGAUGGGUCGCGUGAUAUAGACAAUGGGGACGAGUCACUCCCAUAUGCUUGGAAAUUUGAGAACAUGUGCACUGACCUUAGGGCCCAGGCAGAGGCUCUUGUCCUCUUUGCUAAUGAUAUCGAUGGCCUUUUAACUUGUGCUGUUCGUCCUUGCAAUGUCUUUGGACCUGGAGAAAAGCAACUUGUACCAUCUGUAAUAGAUAUAGCAAAAUCUGGAUGGGCGAAGUUCAUUAUAGGAUGUGGUGCACAUAUUUCUGACUUCACAUACAUGGAGAAUGUUGCACAUGCACUUGUCUGUGCCGAAGAAGCAUUAGGUUCUCAGAUGGUUGCUGUAUCUGGGAAGGCUUUUUUUGUCACUAAUCUAGAGCCAACGAGGUUCUGGGAUUUUGUCUCUCUCAUUUCAGAGGGCUUGGGAUACCAAAGACCUAUGAUACAGCUUCCUGCUGGGAUGUUAAAGUAUAUCUUUGUGUAUGUUCGAUGGGUGCAUGCACAGUUGAACUCCGUUAAGCUGAGACAUCUAAAGGGAAUUCAUUAUGUUGUUCGCUUAGCUACUUCCAACAAAACAUUUGACUGCUCUUCAGCUCAGAAGCAUAUCGGAUACUCGCCAGUAGUCUCGAUGGAAGAUGGUGUUGCACUAACGGUUCAAUCGUUCUCCAGUUUUGCAAAAGCCUCUUCCUAUAGUGUGUAUAGAGAUUUUGAUGAGCAAUCAAAGGUAGACAAACUACUAGGUGGCGGGAGAGUUGCCGAUGUUUUACUUUGGAAAGAUGAGAGGAAAUCAUUUGCAUGUUUUGGUGUGCUUGUUCUGGCAUACUACUGGCUUUUUCUUUGUGGAAAUACUUUCAUCUCAUCUGCUGCCCAACUUUUAGUACUGUUUACAUUUGUGCUAUACGGAUAUGGUGAACUGCCUUCAAAUAUAUCUGGUGUAAAAUUUCCGAAGAUGUCAGCAUCUUCUUUUGAGAUUUCAGAAGUGGAUAUGAAAACGUUUUCUGGAGCUAUAGCACAUAUUUGGAAGAGAAUAGGUGAUGUGAUUAGAAUACUGGCCCAAGGACAGGACUGGAAUACGUUCUUUAAGGUUGUAGCUUUGUUGUACCUGUUCAAGUGGUAUGUGUUUCAUUCCUUGACAACAUCUAUUGGUGUAGCAAUUGUCCUUGCAUUCACUUUGUUCUUCGUCUAUGAGCAAUAUGAAGAGGAGAUUGAUGGAAUAGCAGAGAUUUUGUUAAACUUAACAAGGGCACUCACAGGAUUCAUGCUGAAAAACCUACCUGUGUCGGUAGCAUAUAUACUUGGUACUCAUGAAAUUAUGCAUGAAAACAAUGAAAACGAUGAUCCUGCACAUUUUAAAGAUCAUAUGUAAGUGGCCUCUUAUCAGGAUGUAAAUAUUUUACGAGAUAGCUGAACUUUUUGUUGUAUGAGCUCAUGCUUCCAGUUGUGACUAUCUUUACAAAUUUCAAGAGUUAAGACCACUCAUAUGUUAGCAGAAAAUAUCUUAUAAGUUGCAGCGAUGAUUUUAUCAGGAGAAAAGCAAUAGCCAGUAGUUAUAAUAGUGUUGUUGUCUAACUUGCUACUUGGCGCGAUGAAGCCUAAAAAGUCCCUUACAUGUAUACUUUACAUUUCUGAUUCCAUGUUUUCAAUUUUUGAAAGUAUUUCACAGUA